UCCUCGCCACACCGGGGCCACACGCUCCCCACGCCGGCCUCCGGAAGCUACGGGCCGGGCGGACGCAUCGUCGCCGGACGCCCGCGGACUCUCUCCGCGCGCUCCUCCGCGCGCGAGCCUCGCCCCGCGCUCUCCUCUUACGCGCGCCCGCGCCCACGCUGCGCGCUGUCCCGCAGAGCCACAGGCACCGCCGGUGACAGCCAGAGCGGCCCCGCGGCCUCCCCAUGGCUGACCUGAGCUUCAUCGAAGACUCCGUGGCCUUCCCCGAGAAGGAGGAGGACGAGGAGGAAGAGGAGGAGGGUGUGGAGUGGGGCUACGAGGAAGGUGUUGAGUGGGGAUUGGUGUUUCCUGAUGCUAAUGGGGAAUAUCAGUCUCCUAUUAACCUGAACUCCAGAGAAGCUAGGUAUGACCCUUCACUGCUGGAUGUCCGUCUCUCUCCAAAUUAUGUAGUCUGCCGAGACUGUGAAGUCACCAACGAUGGACACACCAUUCAGGUUAUCCUGAAGUCAAAAUCAGUUCUGUCAGGAGGACCAUUGCCUCAAGGGCAUGAAUUUGAACUUUAUGAAGUUAGAUUUCACUGGGGAAGAGAAAAUCAGCGUGGCUCUGAGCACACAGUUAAUUUUAAAGCUUUUCCCAUGGAGCUUCAUCUGAUCCACUGGAACUCCACUCUGUUUGGCAGUAUUGAUGAGGCUGUGGGGAAGCCUCAUGGAAUCGCCAUCAUUGCUUUGUUUGUUCAGAUAGGGAAGGAGCACAUUGGUCUGAAGGCUGUGACUGAGAUACUCCAGGAUAUUCAAUAUAAGGGAAAGUCCAAAACAAUACCCUGCUUUAAUCCCAACACUUUAUUGCCAGACCCUCUGCUACGGGAUUACUGGGUUUAUGAAGGGUCUCUUACGAUCCCACCUUGCAGUGAGGGUGUUACCUGGAUAUUAUUCCGAUACCCUUUAACUAUAUCCCAGCUCCAGAUAGAAGAAUUUCGAAGGCUGAGGACACAUGUUAAGGGGGCAGAACUUGUGGAAGGCUGUGAUGGGAUUUUGGGAGACAACUUUCGACCCACUCAGCCACUCAGUGACAGAGUUAUUAGAGCUGCAUUUCAGUAGCCAGAGAGAACAGGAACAAGCCCAUCUCUAUCAGGGUAUGUGCAGAUUAAGUGAGGAAAACGAGGUGCACAUUACCGAAACCUAGCGUCCCAAAGUCACUCUAUGGUUAGCUUGCUAAUUUAGCAAUAGAACAAGUGUACUUCAUUUCAACAAAUUUAUGGCAACUUCUCAAGCCCCAGUAAUGACAAGUCAGAUGAUCAUUUUGAUUUUGCUCCCACUAGAGCAGCCUUUAAUUUAAAGUUUUGCUUUAGUAUUGGCUUUCAUAAAGAAAGGCACAUGAGGCUGAGAAACAGGGAUUUGCAAGGACCUCCUUAGUAAUUCAUCUUGUUGCUCUGAAGCUUCAGCAGUCACCCCCCAGUGGCCAAAGAACACGAUGGAAGGGGCUAGAAGAGCUUGUGUCCUCCACGUUGAGCCUCUUGUCUGAUGCAGAUCUGAUCAUCUUGUUAAUUGGGAUAUAUCAGGUGGAUCUGGCAUGAAUUGAAAUACUUGUCCUAUGGAAGUGUUUUUUUUAUUACUAUACAUUAAUUGUAUAAAACAAUGGGUUUCAUUGUGACAUUUUGUAACAUGCAUAUAAUGUUCUUUGAUCAUAUCCACUCCAUUUGUUACCCUCUCUUGUCCCCCGUUCUUCCUCCUAGAAGUGCUUUUUAUUUGAUAGAUCAAGAAGCACUUAUUAACUAUCUGAAUAGGGUACAUUACUUUACUGAUUGGAACAUAAUCUAUACACUUUAAUAUAUUGAAUUCUGUGUAUGUAUUCUUUACCCUUAAGCAAUUAACA